AUGGACAUUAUUUUCACCGAUGAGCCCACUUGGGAAGUCGAUAUCGAAGAAAUCAUAGAGGCAACAAGACAGUACCGAGAUUUAUGCAACAGCCGGCACUUCUACGAAAACAUCAGAGGAUUUCCCUUCACUCCAAAGGUUCUGCCUCCCGAAGUGACACGCCUGUGGGUGAAGCCACAUAUUGCGGAGCCCACCCUUAGAGCGGAGGCCGACACGCAAGACUACGUACAUACGGAAAUCACCAAACGAGGCCCGCCCACAAGCCAGGGUCUGUAUGCGCCCAAGGUUUUCGAUUAUGCGGAAUUUGAGAUAGAGGGAAUGGACUACAGUUGCAUCGUCAUGGAGUUUGUAACUGGGACACCCAUCAGCAGCAUUAUGAAGCCUACUCUAUGGUCAAGGGACAUGUCCGAGUCGGCGAAGGCUGAAAUAGUCCGCCCAUUCAAGGACAGAGUCGCAGAUGCGUUGUGUUUCCUCCUCUCUCUCGAGCACCUGCCCGAUACCGCCCCAGGCCCUGUCAAUGGCGGCCGAAUCAAGAACUUUGUUUUCGGUCGGGACAACUCUGAUGGGCCAUGCGACUUCGAUACCCUGGAGCAGCUUCAGGAGUGGGUUGAUCAAGAGAAUGAGAAGCAAAAACUCAACCCUGAUCUCACGACAGCCGACCUUGUCUCCGAGGGUCUCAAGCUGUGUUACUGUGAUUUCAACUUUAACAACUUCUUGCUGGAGGAUGCCGAUGAUCUAUCUAGUUGA